UCCGCCUGCUCCUCCUCCGACGGCCUCCUCAUUCAAAACCAAAAGGAGAGGAGCAGCCACACUCUCUCACACUCACACGGGUGGAAAACUCCCUGCUUGCUUCCCUUUCUUUCUUCCUUUUCCUUCGUCUGCAGUAGCCGGAUUUCCUGGAUCUGCUUUUUUCCUUGCCUGAGGUCAAAGAAAAGUGACAAAAUGAGGCUUUGACCAGAAGAAAGAAUCAAGCUGACAUGACAGAUUCCUGCUCAAGCACAAGAUGGAGGUAUUCUCUAUUUGGACGGUGACCAAAAGAAGAAGAAGCUACAGCAAGGAUGGAAUGACAGCAUUGUGUCAGCCUCAUUGAUUUGUCUGAAGGCUCAGCAGGCGCUGUAUACAACCCUCUGCACCUGGCUCCAAAAAUCCAGAUCAGUUUUACUGACCAACUAAAGCAAUAAGUAGACUGCAUCAAUUUCAGUUGAUCUCCUGUUUAUUUUUAACUACCCCUGCCUGUUUGUGUUAGACAAGCCAUGGAUACAGGCACAAUACCACAGAUUAAUGUGGAGGAUAUCAGUCACUUGGAUUAUGACAACCUCGAGGUUGCUGCAGAUGACCACUUGAGAACCUUAAAGGCCUUGGCUGAGAAACUGAGGCUGGAAACAAGGAGGCCCUCAUAUCUAGAGUGGAAAGCCCAAGUGGAGGCUCAGAGUGCCAAAGGACCAUCUGAACCAACAGAGUGCUCUGAGCAGGGUCAGGCUGUGGGACAGGAGCACGCAGACAGGCCCGAACAAAAUGGCCAAAACUCUGACCUGAUACAAAAGAGCGGUCUGACCUCAGGGAGUCUGAAAGGAUUCGGAAAUAUUGAUGAGGCUCUUAUCUGGCUCAGGAAAGAACUGAAGGAGAUGCGUCUGCAGGAUCAGCAGCUCGCCCGCCAGCUCAUGCGCCUGCGCGGUGACAUUAACAAACUGAAGAUCGAACAGACGUGUCACCUGCACCGGCGAAUGCUCAACGAUGCCACAUUUGGCCUAGAGGAGCAUGAUGAGCUCUCUGAUCUUCUCUGUGAUGGUCCAGUCACACCAGGGUUUGGUCUCUCUGCGCCACUCCGCUUGAUUGGCGUCACUAAGAUGAACAUUAACUCCAGGCGCUUCUCCCUCUGCUAG